CCGCAUUCGGUGACAACGUCACACUCGCACACAGCACUGCGACGCUGCAGUCUGAACUUUUGGUGGAAGAGGCUUCAUUCACAAGAUGCUCGCAGCCGCUGCACUUAGAGUUAUUUUGCUAGCAGCUUGGCUUCAUCCAAGUUAUGCACUCUAUUUCCACAUUGGGGAGACGGAGAAAAAAUGCUUCAUCGAGGAAAUUCCAGACGAAACCAUGGUGAUCGGAAAGUACCAAACACAGCUUUGGGAUAAACAAACUAAUUCCUUCCUCCCAUCCACACCGGGUCUUGGGAUGCAUGUUGAGAUCAAGGACCCUGACGCAAAGGUCAUUCUGUCUCGUCAGUAUGGGUCCGAUGGUCGGUUCACCUUCACAUCUCAUACUCCAGGAGAGCACCAGAUAUGUCUGCACUCCAACUCCACCAAGAUGGCGCUGUUUGCUGGAGGGAAACUGAGAGUGCAUCUGGAUAUUCAGGUUGGAGAACAUACCAAUAACUACCCUGAAAUUGCAGCCAAGGACAAACUGUCUGAGCUGCAGCUGCGUGCCAGACAGCUUCUCGAUCAGGUGGAACAGAUCCAGAAAGAGCAAAAUUACCAAAGGUAUCGAGAGGAGCGCUUCCGUAUGACCAGUGAGAGCACCAACCAACGCGUCCUCUGGUGGUCCAUCGCUCAGACACUCAUCCUCAUCAUCACAGGCAUAUGGCAGAUGAAGCACCUCAAGAGCUUCUUCGAAGCUAAGAAACUGGUUUAGCCGGAGUGUGAAGAUGAGCAGUGACGGGGAGACAGCCCUGAAUGACUUGAACAAAGACUUGCUGUGCAAGAAUUCAGGCAGAGACUUUUUUUGUUGAGUAUCGACCAUGGAUGAUGAAGGCAUGUGCAAAUUCUAAAAGGCAGUUCUCAAUAUUUUAUAACAGCACAACAUCUGAGUUGCCUCUUUGUUUUAUUCGCUUGACAACGCCGGGCAACCUUUGGUUAUGCAUCAGCAGAUUUUACUAUAUUUUUUAGUGUCGUAUAUUGCUUCUUUGGGGUUCCAUUAACUUCACCAUGACAAAUAUUCUUAUUUGCCAACAUCUCAUUUCCCUUUAGACUUGUGCUUACACGCUGAACAAAUGACAAAAAGCUGUAGUGUAGGGCAUUUAAAGGUUGUGUCAGUGAAAGACUAUUAAAAAUAUGUACACACAACUGCACCCACAUUCUUGUAACUAUGUAGUUACUACUAUUGUGUAAAUCUUUGAAAACGCAAUGGGAUUUUUUUUUCAAAUUGUCAAAGGAGUUGAGAUAUAAUUCUUUGUUCUAAGGGUUGAUUAUACUGUAGCUAGAAGUCAUUUGGUGUUCAUGCAAUGUUUGUUUAAACCUGCUUAUCUGUUGUCUGCACAUUGGAGCUUGUUGGUCUGGGUUUUUGUUAUAUCAGUCUUAUUUAUUACUGUAUGGGAAUACCACAAGAUGUUCUAGGUUAAAUUUAUUUAUGCUGGAUCAUUGUUAAACGGGGAAGACGAUUUAAAUCACAAGUGUAUGGAGUUUUCAGUUUGUUGGUUUUAAUUCUUACAGAUGUUUCAUUUAAAUAUCCAAUUCUUCAGGUGCACUAUGGUCAACCAACGACUGCUCUAGCAUUGAAGUCAUGUGAUUGACACCUCCUUAUGGUUAAUAAAGACAUUGGGUUGAAACGAAAA